AUGCAGUGCAAAGAAACACUGCUUCUGGAGCCAGAGAAGACCGCUCCACGCAUCGAGACCUUGGAGCCGGAGAAAGUGGACGAAGAAGACGAGGGGAAGAAGGACGAAUCGAGCUGCUCGAGUGAAGAGGACGAGGAAGAGGAUUCAGAGUCCGAGACUGAAGCUGAAAAGACCAAGCCGCCUCCAGUAGUGAGCAGUAGCACGACGCCCACCCCGACCACAGUCAGCGUUUCAUCUCCAACUAGCCCAACCAACCAGGUGACAACUCCCACUUCACCAGUUAAAAAGGUCCCGCAGCCUGCAGGAAAAACCUCACCAAAGGUGUUGGAGGAGGAGAAGAAGGAUGAGUCUCCAGCGUCGUGGCGUCUGGGUUUGAGGAAGACGGGCAGCUACGGGGCGCUGUCGGAGAUCACAGCUACGAAGGACGCUCAGAGGGAGAAGGACACCACUGGCGUCAUGCGCUCUGCAUCAAGCCCUCGUCUGUCCUCAACUCUGGAUAACAAAGAAAAAGAGAAGGAGAAGGACAAAGGAACCCGGCUCGCGUAUGUGGCCCCAACCAUCCCCAGGAGGCUUGCUAGCGCUUCCGACAUAGAUGAGAAGGAAAACAGGGACUCUACUGCUCUGAAACGUAGUGGCUCCUACACUCGACGACGCUGGGACGACGACCUGAAGAACAGCGAUGGAAGCUCCCUUACCAACAGAACCCCCAGCUACCAGCGCAGCACGUCCCAUACUCUAGCGCUGGGGCGGAGCGGCAGCACGCGGGACGUGCCAGCCAAGUCUUCGUCAACUUCCAGUUUGGACCCUAACACCUGUAAUACUAAACCCUGGCAGCCACCCUCCUCCCACUACCAGUCUUACAGCAUUUACCGCAGAGGGCAGGCAUUAAGGGAUGCGCACAUCUGGAUAAAUGAAGAACCUCCACCCUCGUCGUAA